AUGCAACGAGAAUGGAAAGAAAGAAAAACUCACCGAAAUCCCGCGUUGUUUCUGUUGCAGUUUUGGUCAGCUUACGUGCCGUGCUCCUCUCAGCACCUCGACUCGGUCCAACUGGCACUCGAGCAAAUCGACCUGAUUCGCCGGUUGGUCAACAAGCAUCCUGAAAGCAUGGUCCUCGUUACCACGGCGGAAGGUAUAGAGAGGGCGCACAAGGAGGGUAGAUUAGCGAGCCUGAUAGGGGUCGAAGGGGGUCACGCGGUUGGAGCGAGUCUGGCAGUUCUGAGGAUGUUGUACGAGCUGGGCGCUAGGUAUCUCACGCUCACUCACACAUGCAACACGCCUUGGGCAGAAUGCAGCACAGCGGAUGAACCCGGUCAAGUGGCACGCAUCGGUGGCCUCUCCAAUUUUGGCAAGAGCAUCGUCCUCGAGAUGAAUCGACUGGGUAUGAUGGUUGACUUGUCGCAUGUCUCCGUGCCCACGAUGCUCGUCGCUAUGAAGACGUCGAGGGCGCCCGUUAUUUUCAGCCACAGCAGCGCCCACGCCCUUUGCAAUUCCUCGCGAAACGUGCCUGACCACGCGCUGCGACGUUUGGCGCAGACUGACGGUAUAGUUAUGGUAUCCUUCUAUCCCCAUUUCAUCAGCUGUGGCGAGAAAUCGACGCUGGAAGACGUAGCCGCUCACAUUGACCACGUGCGGAAGAUCGCCGGUGUGGAUCACGUAGGAAUAGGCGCCGGCUACGAUGGGAUCAAUCUAACACCGGCAGGAUUGGAAGACGUUAGCAAGUAUCCGGAGCUGUUCGCGGAACUAUUGGCGCGCGGAUGGUUGGAAAAGGACAUUCAGAAACUGGCGGGGCUGAAUCUGAUUCGUGUGUUCAAGGCGGUGGAGAAGGUUCGAGACGAAAUGGCGGCGGACGGCGUCGAACCACUGGAGGAAGAAAUUCCGCACGAGGAUAUAAUCGGUCGUGAUUACUGUCGUUACAGCGUGAAGCGACUGAUGGCUCCUUAGCCACAUACGGCAGACAACUACGAGGACAGUCGAAGAUGGAAGGGAGGCGAAAAGCAGUGGAAGAAUAGCGUAACGAAUCGGACGAUCAUCGCGGCAGCAUAGAAGAGAGAUUCUCCUCGAAAGCAUCGCACACAGUUCCGUGAAUGAUGCGCUCGCGCCGACUCCGAACGACUCGAGCUCCUCGGAAGGCUCUUCUCUCCUUCCUCGAAGAUCUCCUUUUCCCCGCGUCAUCCGUGAUUCUUGGCCGCGAACGUAAGUAGAUAGGCAAACUCGAUUUCCUUGGGAAAUUCGCGAGGCGCGAGUGGUGUUCGUGGACAAGAUAGAAAACCGAUAAAAAAGGACAGAGGAGCUCGAUCGCGCGAUCAACGCGUUUCUUCCUUUACAAGUACGUGUCUUUAUUAUAGAUGGACGAGCGUAUCCACGACUUUCAAAGACCAAGACACGCGUUCGCGCGUGUCGAACGUUUAAGAAUUUAAGGUCAGCCGUAAUCGAUGUGUUUGAUUUGCACUCAGCGAUUGUUCUUUUUUUUUUUCUUUUUUUUUUUUUUUUUUUUUUUGUCAAUGUUUCUUUUACUUGUAUAUAUUAUAUAAAUAUAUAAAAAAAGGUGUAUGUGAGCAGAGGUAUCAUUUAGAUCGAAUCAGUAACAAUCGUUAUCAUCGCAACAGGGACGAGAUAACUAGAGGAAUUAUAUAUUUGUUGUCGUCGUCUUCCAAGUUCUUCGAUCUCUUAUCCAAAGUUAAAGUUCUAUUCUAGAGUACUUCCCUUAUAAUUUAUAACAGUGACUCUGAUUUGAGAAUAUGCACCAGGAAGAACUUAGUCGCGUUGCGUCAGAUAUUAGUUCAUUCUUUUCCUCCGAGGCCUUUCAACAACCAACGAUAAGACGAUGAUUUUAUCAGAUACAAGUUUGUGCGAUCAAAAAUAGAAUUGCAGCCAAGGUGGUGAGAUGAAAAACACGUUUAUAUCAACAGGAAUGGAACGAACAAAGUUAUUUUACGGACAAAUUAUAAAUGCCUUGCGUUUCUCAUCGCAUGUUCGUUAUUAAACCGUACUAGCAAUAAUCUUGUUACAUAACGAAAUCUCAAGAUCAGCUGAUACAUUUCGUAAACAGUCUGUCAAAACUGUUGGAGUUUAUCUUAACACCGUACCUUUCUCUUUGUAGCAAUCGUAGGAACGAUACCAUGUUUUUGUUUCUUUUUUUUUAUAUUUAUCGACUAACCAAAUCUUAGUACAUGAUAUUAUAUACAUACUUAACAGAACGAAGAAUAAUAUGUAUAGUUUUAUAUUAAAAAAAAAAAAUGAUGUAACGUAGUAAAUAAACGCGUCGAGUCAAGCGGACCGGUUAAGUUUUUUCUAAAUGUCUAUUCGCGUGAAAAUUUCUUUUCUCAUCUGACUUUUCGCGCGUUUCCAUUGACGAGAGAAGGUUGGUGGUGAAGUCCGUUGUGUCCGUCCAUUAUUAUCAAAUGUUCGGCUUCACUAUGAGAAAAAGCUUGGUCGUUAAUCACGAGUUAAAGCUAUUGAUAAAAGCCGCCGUUGUCUUCCUUCUGCAAUGAGAAUAGAAAACUCGGUGUUGCCCGUUGGUUCUCACCGUCGAAUCGACGUCAAACACGUGUACGUGUAUUUGUCUGUUCGUCAACGUUCUGACUCACUCCUUUCUUUAUCAAUGGCUUUAAUCGUCGGCACAAAUCUUUCUCUCGUUGCUUGUACGUCGUGAUGUCGCAUGUGUCCUCUGUGUACAUCGAUGUGAAUAUGCUUGUACAAAUACACGAAGGGAAACGCCGAGGUAUAAGAAUCGUUGAAUUUCGCGCAUUCCCCUCCUACGACUCGCGUCAGAUAAGACUGGAAUAUCGAAGCGAGCUCUACGUACGACGACGAUCAAAAUCACUUGUACGAUCUGACAAUGAGAGAGUGUGUGAGAGAGAAAGAGAAAAGAAUGUAGCUUAUUUCCUGUUAUCCGUACUACGAACGCAGAGAAAUUUCGAUGAUUUAUAUCAAAUCUCGAGCGAGAUUUCUCGGCUCGACGUGGGCAAGCGUGUUGUUGCCUUAGACAGAUGAAUAAUUCAAUAUUUUGGUAAAUUGAUAUAUUCUUCUAUAUCUUUACAUUUCUAAAUUAUAGAUUCGCUAGAACUGCGAAAUUAGAAUAUAGAAAAAGAAAAUGUAUGUCUUCCAAGUGAGGAGAGAUAGCUCGAGUCUACGUCGAGCCUUAGCUUCAAAGUGAAUUCCCAUUUUUCCAGAUUUUCUCCUUCUAAGAGAAAGCUAUUACAUUCCUUUUUCGUCAAGAAACUUCGUCGUCGUCUCUGAUAACCGACACACGCAUGAUAUAUACGAACGGUCGAUUUAUCGUCGGAAACUCGGAACAAUAGGCUCGACAUUAGGCUCCUGCAAUUUGCUCGUUAAAGUGAGUCUUCCGGCAUCGUGAUAAUCGAGGAGAAAGUAAAAAGACGCGAAGCGAGGUCUGUAACGACAAACGUUAUCACGUAUCAGCUUCCUUAUUGCGCCGAUGUUGUUUCGUGGUAACGUCGCGGCACAGGCGAUUAUUGAUUUAUUUUUGAACGGCCGGAUUAUUUAUACGCAGAAAUCAAUGGUUCGACCAUGUACGAUGCUAAAGUAAACGCGAGGGAAGGAGGCAACAUGUUCAACGACGCUUACAAAUCGAAUCUCGAAAUUCUCUUCUUCAAUCUCACUUUAGUGUGUGGCUAUUCUAAUAAUGCGCCGCAACGAUCGAUCAUCGUCCGAGCAAUCUCUACGAAACUGUGAAAUGAAAAAGCGAAGUGUCCACGACCGGACACUUUGCAAUUGAUAAUUAAAAACACGAUGCACGAUCUGCGUAAUCCACGUUCUGGAACUCUACGCUUGUCGGACGAGGCGAAAUCUUUUCUCUCCUUUUCUUUUUUUUCUUUUUAAAUUCUUUUAUUUGUCUUGUGUCCACGGGAUGGGGAUUGCGAUCCGUCCAAUAUUUUGUUGCACUGUAAUUUAUGUACAUCGUUUGAUUAAUAAAUAUACUCGGUUACAUAUUGUA